CCAAUCACAAAAAUUAUUCAAUAAUUUUUUGUUUAGUUGUUAAGACUUCGUAGAACACUUUUCUGCAAGAGAAGAAAAACAACGUAGCAUUCCUAGAAUGCAUAUAAAAAGUCUGCAACAUGCUCAUGCUGCUGCAGCAGCGGCAGCAGCAAUGCCAAACUGUGAAAUUGUAAUUGUAUCAUCGUCGCCUAAUCAUAAUAAUAACAACAACAAUAAUAACAAUAACAAUGAAAGUACAAAUGGAACAUCCAGCAAUGGUAGCGGUGGCGGCAGUGGAACUGGUGGUGGAGGCGGAGCCCACAAUAACAAUCAUCAUCAGCAGGGUCCAACGACUGCUGCACCAACGGAAAUUCCAAUACCAUUUAUGCAUUUGGCAGGAGUGAGCGCUGAGGCGCACGCUGCCGCCCAAGCAGCUGCAAUGGCAGCGGCCCAGGCAGCCGCCGCUCAAGCUGCGGCCGCUGAACAUCAGAACGGUGGGAAUGGACCUGCACCUGGCAGUGCUUUGGCCCACCAUCAUGCCAUACUGCAGCAACAUCCAUUGGCACAUUUGGUGGCCACCGCUGCACACAGUCCUGCACUAUCGGAACAACAUUUUAUUGCCCGCGAUGCUACCGUCUUGACUAACGGCCAUAAUGGCAAUUCAACGCCCGUCUCCGGUGGAGGUCCGGCACCGGAAAAGCCAUUUCAGUGUAAUGUCUGUGAGCGGCGAUUCCGGCAACUGAGCACACUUACCAAUCAUGUGAAAAUUCACACUGGAGAAAAACCGUACAAAUGCAAUGUUUGUGAUAAAACAUUUCGUCAAUCGUCCACACUAACAAAUCAUUUGAAAAUACAUACCGGAGAGAAACCAUUUAAUUGUACCUAUUGUCCGAAACAUUUUCGUCAAUUGAGUACAUUAACAAAUCAUUUGAAAAUUCAUACAGGUGAAAAACCUUUUGAAUGUGCCGUUUGUAAAAAACAAUUCCGUCAAUCUAGUACUCUUAAUAACCAUAUAAAAAUCCAUGUAAUGGACAAAGUCUAUGUUCCCGUCAAGAUUAAAACCGAGGAAGAGGAAGGAUGA